AUGGCGGAUGAAGUGUACGAAGGAGAUUCAGGGGAACUUCUGGCAUCAAAGCUCGGAACUAAAGAAUUGUAAGAUAUUACAAAGGAUGAACAUAAUGUCCAGUUACUCCACCUACAUAUGUUGUGCUUGAAACUUUUCUUGGUUCGAAAUUUUUUACCCAGUUGGAUAAUCAUAAUCUGAAACAAUUUAGGAACCUCGAAUUAGUAGCAUUGCAGCCUCGUGGAGACUCUUUUGAAAAUCGAAACUGUUUUAAAAUUUUUAUCAAACUCUAUCUAGGAGGACAAGUCUCCUAUGAAGUUUAACUGUUCCUGAUCCCUGGCGUUUGUAUCUUAUCUGCUCUCAGGAGUGUUACAUCAACUGACCAACACGCUCUUAAUCCUUCUUGAAUUGCGGUCGUUCCGCCCGACGAACAAACAGUGCAUAAAAUUACAAAGAUUAAGCUGUUGUUCCAUUCUUUUGAUUUCUUUUAGUAAUGUUUGUAGAUAUUUGUGGACCGUGUUAUCAAAACAACUGCUCAUUCAACCGCUGGGAUAUUGAACUUCUUCGGAACUUCUGCGAUCAAAAGUCAGUAUACAACUCAGCAAAAAUAUUAAAUCAUUCAUGUUGUGUUUUGUUACAAAAACUCAGAAAACAGUAGUUUUAUUUAAGAUACAUAUUAAAUAACUCUACACAACGCAUCGAUAAAACGACAAAUACAUCGGGCGAAAUGACUUCGAAGUUCGGGCGGAAAAUUCCCGGGCGGUUCGACUCUCGGGCGGAAUGACCGGAUACCUCCUUCUUAUACACAUGUAAUGUGGUGUUCUCUCUGUCUCUCAGCCAAUGUUUGAGUUAGAGAACACAUUAGUAAUACCGUCAUUUUUUCACUUAACUAGUUUAUUUGUCAUUUUUUAGCUGGGAUGAAGCCUACUCUGCAGAAUUGGAUAAUUUUCAUGACACUGGUGACGUUGGAGAAGUCUGGUAAAGUGUUUCCCAUUUAGAGUUGUGUUUUGGACUCUCAACAAUCUUAUCACAAUGAUGUUUACUCUAAUUUACCUUGAUUUUUACAUUUUUCUGCUUGAGACUUCAGAUAUUUUAAUAUUUUAAUGCUUGGAAAUAUUCUUGACCAUAAUAUGCUUAUACUUGUCACCCAGAUGGCACCAUUAUACCACAUUUAAAGAAAGUGAAGACCUCCUGUUAGUUAAUAUCCAUCAUUUUUGUUGUCAAUUUUAGGUUUGGAGAAAGCAGCAUGAACAGAAUAAUUAAAUGGAUCAAAAACUGUCCAAACAUAAGAAAGACAUCACUGUUUUUAGACUUAGGAUGUGGAAAUGGCAUUCUUCUGGUGAAUCUGGUAAGUUAGGUUUACCAAACACAUCUACACUUUCUUUCACUCACUAACUGCAAGUGCAUUGCAGCCUCUGGUAUGAAGGGCAACACCUUCAUGAUCACUGCCUCAUAGUGUAGGGGUGGUUUUGGUUUCCCCCAGUCAUGCCAGGUGGAGUGUUGUAGCCUUGAUAGGGCAAGUUGUACUAAUUAAGUCAAAGGUUAAAGGCUCAUACAAAAACUUAUCCUCUGGCUCUAGUAAAGGGGUCUGGCACAGGGAAACAACACUGUCCCUUUAAAUGAGGAGGUGUAUGCAGCUAGUCUCCCAGUUCAGUGUUUGAAAAUGGGAAAACUGAAAAGACUUAGAUGCAAAAAGGGUACAUGUACUUUGAAUUGAAAUGCAAAUGCAAUGCAAGGCUUAUACAUGGAGUCCUGUACCUGUAACUAUUUUUUUCAGGCUCGGCACGGCUACACAAGCUUGAUUGGUGUGGAUUAUUCAGAAGGAGCAAUCAACUUAGCCAAAUCAAUUGCAGUAGCAGAACAAGUCAAAAUUAAAUUUCUGGUUUGUUUUUUCAAAUUUGAUAAUAUGAACUCCCAAAACUGUAUAAUACAGAGGGUUUUUUGUAUUGUCCCUCAAAUUCAUCAGGGGUGAUCCUCUUGUGUACUUCUGUGCUGUACCCUUAUAUUUAUGUACAUUCAUGCUCCUUUGAUUUGGUCUAAGGAAGGUCUGGGGUUGAACAAAGCCCUCCUUUUGUUUGAUUAUUUAAUUUUGACCCACUCUCCCCAUCUUGUACAGGUUUUGUUUAUGAAGUUCUAGUAUUUGGGUGCAUAGAUUCAAUCAGCCAUACUGGGUUCAAUCCCUUUCUUGCAAGCAAGGACUUUCCAUAAGUCAUCUUGUACAUCAUGGAACUAUUACUGUUUGUCACUUCAGUGGUUAAUUCAUCAUCCAUCCCUUUCUUUCCAGAAAUUUUCAUCUCUAAACAAACACAAACAAUAAGAAAUGUAGUGUAAACUUAUUUUAGUCUCCUUGGUAGCCAUUCCUUGGGAUGUCUUGCAGGGCAGAAGCCAUCCCCCCUAAAACUAUCCUCCUUCCCCAUCCAUGAAAAAAAACCAGACUCACAAAAUAAUUUUUGUGAAUGACAGGUCUGUGACAUCUUAAACACAUCAGAGAGUAGUGCCUUGUGCGCUGGUGAGAAAUUGGAUGUGUGCCUGGACAAAGGAACUUAUGAUGCAAUCAGUCUCAAUCCAGAAGAUGCCAAGGGCUGCCGGGGAAAGUACAUUGACAAUGUUUUUAGUCUGCUGGCAGCUGGUGGACUCUUCAUCAUCUGCUCCUGUAACUGGACAAAGACUGAACUACUUGAGCAGUUUAAAGACAGUAAGUAUAAACAGAUCUUUUGGGUUCUUUUCGAUUUAGAGACAUAAGACCAAAACCAAACUUUAAACAACUGUCCUCUCAGGUAAUUUUUGGCUGCUUGACGACUCACCUUGUCAUUCUCUUUGUAUUUGCUUUUCAACAGAGUUUGAAUUUUUAGAAGACCUUCCCGCACCUUCCCUUUCAUUUGGUGGUCAGACAGGAAGCACAGUCACAACUCUGGUAUUUAAAGCAAGAAACACUUGACAAUAUGGGCAGUCACACUAAAAGUUGUUACCACUGGCACAUGGUACAUAGUGUAACGUGUACUUAAAAACAAAGCCAUUCCAAGGAACACGAGUUGUUGAUCCCUUCAGUUACUGAACUGAAGGAGGUCUGGUGACGAGUUCGGUCUACCUUGAUGAUUUCACAGAGAAAAGGAAUGAAGCCAACCUGGCUCGCCUGUAGUUACCAGUGCCUUCCAUAGGAAUGUGGGGUACAGUACUGGAAACUAGGAUUAUGUUGAAUUCAUGAGAAGGAGACCCAAUGAACUGAAAAACAUUGAAAAAAGACUCAGUGCAUCAAUUGUAUUAUCGUGAUUGUUGAAAAGAUAUGUUUGGUCAAUGGAAAGCUUUCGAACACAA